AUGGCAGCAACAGAAGGAAGAAAGGCAGCCAAUCAACAACCAAAAUCACGUCCCAAUAUUAGCUCCUUGAGAGCUGUUGUCACUGGUGCUGGCUUUGAUGCCACUGACCGUACUGACAAUGACACUGGCGAAAAUGCAACAUUGCUGACAGAAUUUAUUCUCACAGGACUCAUAUAUCAACCAGAAUGGCAAAUUCCCCUGUUCCUGCUGUUUUUGAUGACAUAUCUUAUCACCAUCUUGGGAAAUCUUGGUUUGAUUGCUCUCAUCUGCAAUGAUCCUCACCUUCACAUUCCCAUGUACUUAUUCCUUGGGAACCUGGCUUUUGUGGAUGCCUGGAUAUCAUCCACAAUGACGCCCCAGUUGCUGGUCAAUUUCUUUGCAAAGAGCAAAAUGAUGUCUCUCACUGAAUGUAAGAUACAAUUCUUUUCCUUUGCAGUCAGUGUAACUACAGAAUGUUUUCUGCUGGCAACAAUGGCAUAUGAUCGCUAUGUGGCCAUAUGCAAACCAUUACUUUACCCAGUUAUUAUGACCAAAAGACUAGGCAUCCGGCUAUUAAUUUCAUCAUUUUCAGGUGGCCUUUUUCAUGCCAUACUUCAUAAUGCUUUUUUAUUGAGAUUGACCUUCUGUAAUUCUAACAUAAUACAUCACUUUUACUGUGACAUUGUACCAUUAUUUAAGAUUUCCUGUACUGAUCCUUCCAUUAAUUUUCUGAUGGUAUUUAUUUUCUCUGGGUCAAUACAGGUGUUCACUAUUCUUACUGUUCUUUUCUCUUACACACUUAUUCUUCUUACCGUCUUAAAAAAGAAGUCUGUACAAGGCAUAAGGAAGGCCUUCUCUACCUGUGGAGCCCAUCUCCUGUCUGUCUGUUUAUACUAUGGGCCUCUUCUCUUUAUGUACGUGCACCCUGGAUCUGCACAAGCAGAUGAUCAAGAUAUGAUGGACUCUCUGUUUUAUAUGGUCAUAAUUCCUCUGUUAAAUCCAAUCAUCUACAGUUUGAGAAAUAAGAAAGUCAUAGAUUCACUGGCAAAAAUGUUAAAGAGAAAUGCUUAG